GCAGCACCUAAAAGCAAAAAUGGUGGAGGCUGAGGACCAACCCUUCUUUCCAGAGUGGUUCCUGAGAAGAGACGCUUAAAACAGCUUUUACAAUUCUUGAACAUUUGAUUGGGAACUUUAUUUCCAGCAUGGAUGUUGUUGAAAUGAGCCACCCAAGCUUCAAUGUCAACCGGCCGGUUUUUAAUCAGGAGACUUUAGAAGCCUAUCUACAUAGGAAGGAGAAACCCAAGCUACCUAGAAGCGCAAAGCUAUUUCGGUAUUUUCGUUGCUCAUCCAAGAGGGCCAAGUCAAUACUCUUCAGGUUUGUUCCCAUUCUGGAAUGGCUACCCCAAUAUCCAGUGAAGGAGUAUAUGUUCGGAGACAUAAUUUCUGGUUUGAGCACUGGAAUGAUGCAGCUACCUCAAAGUUUAGCUUAUGCCCUGUUGGCAGCUGUGCCACCUGUGUUUGGGCUCUAUUCCGCAAUUUUUCCUGUUUUGUUAUACAUGGUCUUUGGGACUUCAAGACAUGUAUCAGUAGGUCCCUUUGCAAUAAUCAGUUUGAUGGUUGGUGGUGUUGUUAUAAGACUUACACCUGAUCAAAUGUUUGAUGUUACUUCUAUGAAUGCAACUAAUCGCACUGGAUUUCAUGAGACAAGAGCUGCAGUGAGAGUUAAAAUAGCAGCUGCAACAGCUUUCCUUUCAGGAAUUAUGCAGUUGUGCCUUGGGGUUAUACGAUUUGGGUUUGUGGUCGUUUACCUGGCAGAACCUGUAGUGCGAGGUUUCACUGCUGCUGCAGCUUUGCAUGUCUUUCUGUCCCAGUUGAAGUAUCUUCUGGGAAUCCAAACCAAAAGGUUUGGUGGACCACUGUCAGCAAUUAAUACUUUUAUUGCUGUGUGUACUAAUAUUAAAGGAAGUAAUGUUACAACAGUAGCUCUUGGGGCAGUUUGUAUUGUCUUCCUGCUGGUGGUAAAAGAAAUAAACGUACGAUACAAAGAUAAGCUUCCAGUUCCCAUUCCUGUUGAACUUGUCAUGGUAAUUAUUGGCACCGGUGUUUCUGCUGGGAUGAACCUGCAUGAGAACUAUGAAGUGAAUAUUGUUGGUCAUAUACCUACUGGUUUGAGAGCUCCAGUUCUACCUGACUUCAGUUUACUGUCUGAAAUAUUCAUGGAUUGCAUUACAAUUGCAGUAGUUGGAUUCUCAAUGACUGUAUCGAUGGCAAAAAUAUUUGCUAUGAAGCAUGGUUACAGUGUAGAUGGUAAUCAGGAACUUAUUGCAUUAGGUAUUUGCAAUACUUUUGGAUCCUUUUUCCAAACAUUUCCUGUCACCACCUCAAUGUCCCGAAGCCUUGUGCAAGAGAGCACUGGAGGAAAAACUGAGAUUGCUGGCGGAAUAUCUGCUUUAGUUGUGAUGUUGAUCAUUGUUGCUUUUGGUUAUCUCUUCGAAACUUUACCUCAGACUGUGCUAGCUGCAAUUGUGAUGGUGAACCUGAAAGGGGUAUUUAAGCAGUUUCGGGAUAUGCCAUCUCUCUGGCGAAUCUGCAAAAUUGAAUUUGCAUUGUGGACUGUAGCAUUUGCAUCCUCUUUCAUUUUGGGAUUGGACUUUGGACUCCUGGUUGCAGUGUUAUUUGCCAUUAUUACAGUUGUUUACCGAACUCAAAGUCCUAAGAGCAGAAUACUUGGUCAGAUACCUAAUACAGAUAUCUACUUGGACAUAGAGGCAUAUGAGGAGGUACAAGAAGUCCCUGGAGUAAAGAUAUUCCAAUCAAAUGCCUCUCUUUACUUUGCAAAUGUUGAUACAUAUGUGAAUGCUUUGUAUAAGAAGACUGAAAUAGAUCCAGCUGCAAUAUUAUUGGCAAAGAAAAGACUUGAAGCAAAAGCUAAGAAGGAAGCUCAGUUGGUGGAAAGAAAGGGAAGAAGUAUCCUAAAAUGGGGAAAUAGAAAUAUCACAAGCGAGGAUGCAAAACAGGAAGCUGUGUCUGAAGAAGUUCCAAAUGAAGCGAUUCAGAAUGGAGCUUCAAGAGUUCUGAAUAUUGUGGAACCUGAAGCAAACCAUAAACUGACGGCCUUUAUUAAAUCAGCAGCUGACACACACAAUUUAAUUCUGGAUUUCAGUCCAGUCAAUUUUGUAGACAGUGUUGGAACAAAGGUGCUUAAAAUAAUAAUAAAGGAAUAUGACAGCAUUGGAAUCAACGUCUUCAUAGCUGGAUGCAAAGACUGUGUUGUGGAAAAUCUGACUAAAUGGAAUUUUUUUGACAAAUCAACUCCAAGAAGUCUCCUGUUUCAUUCUGUGCAUGACGCUGUUCUUCAUUGUCAGGAGUUAGCAUCUUUAAGAGGAGGCUCCUCCACAGAAAUGUCCUCCUCUUGAACUGACUGUCUUGUUGAAGUAAAGUAAUUUAUUACAGUACUUCAUUUUGAUGCAGACCAUCUGGAAACUAUAAAAAUUGCAAGAAAAUAUCACCUCCUUUUCAAGCGUGGUAACUGUUUCAAGAAUGUUAGAGGAAAUUAUCCCAUCAAGACUAGUUUUAAUUGUUUUCACCACACAUGUGGAUUUUAAAUUAUUUUUGUUUUGGUAAGAGUUUGAGAUGUGAGCAACUUCUAUAGUGCUCGAUAGCUGUUAGUAACCACUUUUUCCGAACUUCUCUUCUAAUGUUUAAAUUUAUUUUCAUUAUAUGUCUGCAUAAAGAUCUAUAUCUAUGUAUUUGAUGUUUGUCUCACUGGAAUGGAAGACAAUCAAACCAAAUGAUUGCUUUUCUCUUUUUUUCAUCAUUGCCCAAAUUGCUCCCUCCUUUACUUCUGCCUGAAAAAUUAAUUUUAUUAAAUCUGAGAUGUAUGGAUUAGUAGUUAGCCUUCUAAACGAAGAAUGUUACUCCUCCUGCUGGUGCACAGAGAGUCAAGUGGAACCACCGUUUUAUGACCAGUAUAUAAACAACCAUUGGGUAGCUUUUCAGACUAGAUUUCAAAAUGUAACUUUGAUUGCCCUGUGUAAAUACAAUAUUUAAAAAUAGCAAAACUUGAAUGUAUAUGUUUUAAUGACCUGAAUUAAGUUGGUCACUAAUGUGCUUUUUUUUUGAUGCCUUGGUGAUGAUCCAUUAUUUGAAAUUUCAGCCCCAUAAAUUGGUGCUGUUGUUGUUAAAACAUCUAGACAGUACUUCAGUUGGCCUUGUAAACUUUGCAUAGGUGAUUUAGUAUCUUAAGCUUAACUCGUUUCCUCCCUCCCUCCCUCAUUCACUCAAUGUCAUGUACCACUAAAACCCAUCUGUACUUCUGCUCUGCCAUGCACAUAAUGGAUUAAUGAUUCCAAACUCUCUUCUGCACCUAUCCAGACAUGACCACUGUGAAGAAAAAUUAUUUGGAAAACAUCAUUUUGUAAAACAAUUCUGAAAUAUAAUUGACUGGUUCAUUCCUAUUGACUUCUCUUUGUAAAAUCCUUUAUGACAUGAUUUCAUGCCACUAAGGUAAUAAAUAUGUAUCAUAAACUUAAGUUACAGACCUCUUUAUCUUUUCUGCAUUUUUAAGAUAUGUUACAUUCUCUAAUAGGAUAAACAAAACAUUUGUUUCAAUGCUCCUUGCUAUCUUUUCAUUUAUGUGAUAAAGAAAAGCAUUACUGCUCUUAUCUCUUUUAGUCCCUUUUUUACUUUAAUUUAAAGGAAUGAAAUUGAAUCCACUGAAAUUGAAUUGGGGAUUAAAAGCUUGAUCAUUUCUUGCUGCCCCCAAAUGUAGUGCUCUUUGGCCUAUCCCAACUGAGGUUAGAUGUCUUGCAGACCAUGUACAAACUGUAGGAUUUUGUUUCUGAUCAUUGUUCCUCCAACUGCAAAAUUGGGUUUUGAAAUAGUAUAACUAAAGUUUGGUGCUCUAACUUUAUUGCUUCCACUAUCCCCAUACCCAUCCAUCUGUCUAGUUUAUUUAUAUUUAAUUAUUUAUUGUUUUUUUAAAAAACUUUGAAUUUCAUCUAAAUCUCUCAGGCUGUUUUUCAUCACUUUAUUUUGGGAAGUCACUUUAUGCGUUUGAAAUAUGUUACAAUCCCAAAUUAGCAGUGCAUUAUUGGUAUGAUUUUAUAAAUCAUUUGGUGUUACUUAAAAUGGAGAUACAAGCAAGAAUUUUUUCUUUUUUAAAAAAAAUGUAUAUUCUGCAAGUUUUAACUGCUUUACCACUUUUUUGGCUUCUCCAGCUAUAUUUUACAUUUAUCUGCAAAAUAGUUUCUUGCAUGCAGAGUGUAUUUAACAGAUCAUGCUUACCAGUAUGUUCUAUGGAUUGGUGAGACUUCCUUGAAAAAAAAAUUAAUUUGCUACUGUUUUAAAACUAUUACUGAAAGUAAGCAAUUUCUUUUGAAACCAUGUCCUUUCACAAGUAAAUAUGAACAUGUCACUAAAUGUUGUUUGAAACUGGUAUUGAAAUAUAGCUGGUGUAAGAUUUGUCUAGUUCAGUCCAGGAAGGGUCAAGGUUCAAGUGAGAGAGUUAUUUUCUAACUUAAAUAAUUUGACACUGUUUUUACCCAAAAGAAAGAAAUUGCUUCUCUCAAUUUUUCUAACAAGUGGAGCUCCAGAAUGAAAAAAUUAAGUUUAUUUUGUUUCUUCUGUCAUCCUAUUUGUGUUGCUUGCACUUCUCUGGGCGGGGGGGAAAAAAAUCAAACCUCUAUUUUUAUGCAUUUUGAAAAUGCAUUAACUGACAGCGGAUAACUGGUGUUUUUCCUAAUUCCUGAGGUUCAGCAAACAGCUGUCAUCGUCUUUAACCUUGUUUACUUGUCACUGUUAGUAAGUUAACUUCAAAUGUCCAGUCUUGCUGUUUAACAGUAACAAAUACCAUGUUUGUUUGAAGUGAAAAGUAUCUAGACUAAGCACAGACUGUCAUACAAUUUUAUUUUGAACAGGUUAAGCGUAGACCAUUGCUGGACUAGUAGUUUGAAUCAAUGAAUGUGUUCCUUGGUAUUUCUAAAACCAUUUUAAUCUACGUGUAUUUUUGCCUGAGUUGUCUUGGUGGCAAGUAUCCUUUGUUUGCUGUUCAAACUUAUAACUAAAUUCUCAGUUAUAGUUUGAUCUUGGUCUAGCCUAAAGGCAAGAAUUAAAAUCCACACUGUGGUUCAAAUUCCUUCAGUUUUGAGCUGGUGACUUCUUUGCUGAUUUACACCAACUAUUAGUAAUUCAGGAACUUACUAUCUUCAUUCCCUCUGACAUCUGGAAAUGGACCGUGUAAAAUGCUUAACAUUUUGGCCAUAUGAGAAAUUCUGUAAUUUGUAUUUUUAUAUUGGCUAUUAACUGUCUCAAACUUGUCAUGAAUGUGUAAAUUUACGAGUUACAUGCAAUUUGUUUUUGAAAGCUAUUUUUGUAUUAAUUAUAAAAGAUCAGUAUUGCAAACUGUG